AUGGCCCGUCACACCCUGCCGCAGCGCAUCAAGCAAAGCACCACGACCCCCGAAGCCGAGGCAACUCCGCCUCGUCACCACCCAAGCUCACAGGGCGCCCAGUCCGAGACCCCUAAUGCUGGAACAGCAAAACAAGGCCAUGGCAUCCCACCUAGAGCCCUAACCUUCCUGGGCAUCACAGCACUCACAAUUAGCACGUACUGCGGCUAUUUAUACGCGUCAUACACGCGGGAAGUAAACAAAGCGCAAACCCUGGACGUGCCACGCGACGUCUCAGACCGCUACAACACAACAGCCGCAACCUUCGACGCAGAUGUCGAGCUCUCCGAGAAGGCAAUGGGCCUCGGCAAGAAGCGACGAGAUCUAGUCCACCAAGCACGCGGAAACGUCCUCGAAGUCAGUUGCGGCACUGGUCGCAAUCUACCAUUCUACGAGCUUGGCGAGCGUCGCGGGACGGAUGUCGAUGGCCGCGCUGCGGUUUUGGGUUGUCGCUCUGUUACGUUUGUCGAUCUUAGCCCGCAGAUGGUUGCUAUCGCUAAGGAGAAGUUCGAGAAACUGUAUCCUGCGUUCAAGGCGGUGUUGUUCCAGGCUUGUGAUGCGGGUGCGGUUGCGGCGCCGUCUGCGGUGAAGGGGGAGCCGGUUUACUUUGAUACUGUUGUGCAGACUAUGGGGCUUUGCUCGAUGCCGGAUCCGGUUGCUACGCUGAGACAUUUGGGAUCUGUUACGGAGCCUGAGAAUGGGCGGAUCUUGUUGCUUGAGCAUGGGCGUUCUUAUUAUGAUUGGGUUAAUCGGAUUUUGGAUAAUCUUGCUCCGGCUCAUGCCGAUCGGCAUGGUUGUUGGUGGAAUCGGGAUAUUGGGGAGAUUGUGCGUGAGAGUGGGUUGGAGAUUGUGGAGGAGAAGCGUUGGCAUUUGGGGACUACGUGGCGUUAUGUGUUGAGACCGAAACAGGUUGAGAAGUCUCAGUCUUGA